UCUUGGUCUCAUUCACUCCCGAAAAGGUGUGAUGUGAACAGUGCGGUUCGAUAAUUUUAAAUUCUUUAAAUAUUUUGCGAUGCGGUAGCAGCAGCCGUUAAGUAUAAUUAAACAAUAUCCAAAUAAUAUGCCUUAACUUUUUUGUGUUAUAAAAAUAUUGAUUUUCGCGGGAAUGCCGAACAUUAAUAAUCUCCCUAUUACUAAUGAUGAUUACGAGGUUAUUGGUGAGGCCCAAUGGCAAAUUUUGGAAAACAGUGGCGAGGAGCAAGUCAUCAAAAUAUAUGGUUUCCUCUUUUCAAAAUUGCGCGCUGUUGUGUUUCACAUAGUAUGCGUCUUACUUUGUGGAAUACCGUAUUUUGCAAUAUCUUACUACCCAACUUGGCACCGAUUCAAAUACAAGAAAUGCAGUUUGAAAACGGCUAAAGAAAUCUGCAUUACAGACACAGAUGGAUUGUUUGAAAUUGAAAAGGUACAAGAAGUUGAGCUGAAUCUCUCGAACCACCGCGAAAACAGACUAAGAUAUUUUGUUUACCAACACAGCCGCUUCAUCUGGCUCCAUGACCAAGGCGUAUUUAUCAAUGUUCUGGCUCUCAAUGAAAAACUUCCCAUCAGUUUAUUGAUGGAAAAUAUGUCGGGGAUUAAUAAACGGCAGCAAACUGAAUUAAUCAAGCUGUAUGACAAGAACUCAGUGGAGGUAGCCGUAAAAAGUUAUUGGACCCUAUUUGUAAACGAAGUUUUCAACCCAUUCUAUUUAUUCCAAGUGUUUUCUAUAAUUCUCUGGUCCUUAGAUGAAUAUUAUCAAUAUGCAUCUUGUGUUCUGUUACUGUCGACUGCAUCGUGUAUUAUGGCUCUAUAUCAAACAAAGCAGAUGAGCAUCAACCUGCACAACAUGGCGGGCUCGACGAGCUCGUGCACGGUGACGGUGCUGCGGCCGGCGCGCAGCGGGCGCGAGGAGUGCGUGGUGAACGCGUGCCGCCUCGUGCCCGGCGACGUGCUGGUGCUGCCGCCCGACGGCUGCGUCAUGCCGUGCGACGCGGUGCUGCUCACGGGCACGUGCAUUGUCAACGAGAGCAUGCUUACAGGUGAAAGUGUCCCAGUGAUGAAAGGCCCGCCGUGUAUAUCGCCAGAAAUAUACUCCACAGAUGGUCACAAAAGACACACUCUGUUCGCCGGAACUCAUGUCAUACAAACUAGAUUUUAUGGGAACAACCAGGUGUUAGCAAAAGUGGUGCGGACUGGUUUUUGCACUGCCAAAGGAGAGCUCAUCAAAAGCAUCUUGUUCCCAAAGAGGUUCGGGUUCCAAUUUUACAAGGACGCUGUUAAAUUUGUGGUUUUCUUGUUCUGCAUCGCUGCGGUGGGCAUGGCUUAUUCCAUCUGGCUGUAUGUGUUGAGAGGGAGUGCCGUGGGAACUAUAGUGCUGCGUACUUUGGACAUCAUCACGAUCGUAGUGCCGCCCGCUUUGCCGGCCGCCAUGACAGCCGGCAUAGUGUACAGUCAACAGCGUUUACGCAAAAAUAGAAUCUUCUGCGUGUCGCCACCAAGAAUCAUCAUUUGCGGCAAGCUUCAAAUCAUGUGUUUUGAUAAGACGGGUACUCUCACGGAAGACGGUCUGGAUUUCUAUGCAGUAAUACCAUCUGAAUCUAGCGAGGGUAGGUUCGGCCGGCGCGUGGUGGAAGUCUCGGCUUUGCCAGUAAAGAGUCCUCUGGUACAGGCGCUGGCGUCAUGCCACUCCUUAACUAGCAUUCAAGGACAAUUGAAAGGCGAUCCCCUUGACUUGAAGAUGUUCGAAUUCACACAAUGGGUACUUGAGGAACCCGGUCCGGAAAACACGCGAUAUGAUAAUCUGACGCCGGCGAUAGUGAAACCUGCCUCAACACAAGAUACACCAUUGGAAAACUUCAACGAAUAUGACCCAUUCACAAUGGAGAUGCCAUAUGAGAUUGGUCUACUGCGACGCUUCCAUUUCUCUUCGUCGCAACAGUCGAUGGGCGUCAUCGCCAGGGUGCUCGGACAACCACAAAUGGUGUAUUUCGUAAAAGGUGCACCAGAAAAAGUUGCAGGUAUGUGCACACCAGCGUCGUUGCCAGAAAACUUCAGUGCGGUACUAAAUGAAUACACGUCGAACGGUUACCGAGUGAUCGGGCUCGCGCACAAGAAGCUCGACCGCAAGAUGAAAUGGGUCGACGCACAGCGGAUCAAAAGGGAGACGAUUGAGUGCGACAUGGCAUUUUUAGGAUUUCUAGUCAUGCAAAACAGCCUAAAACCUGAAACGACCCAAGUUAUAAAGGAGCUUCACGAUGCCAACAUGAAACAAAUUAUGGUGACAGGAGACAACAUUAUGACCGCCAUGUCGGUAGCACGCGGAUGUUGCAUGGUGGGACCAAAUCAGAAAAUUCUAUUGAUCACGGUUGGGCCACAGCAAGCUGAAGACACACAACCACCACUUGUAAUGGAAGUAGUGGGUGAAGGUGGGCCGCCAAAACAUUCGAUUGAAUCGUAUGUACUGGCGCUGGAAGGCAAGACAUGGUCUGUACUAAGGACGCACUAUGCGGAACUGAUGCCUAUAAUUUUAAAACGAGGCGUGGUGUACGGUCGGUUCGGGCCGGAGCAGAAGACGCAGCUGGUGACGGCGCUGCAGGCGGGCGGCCAGGUCGUGGGCAUGUGCGGCGACGGCGCCAACGACUGCGGCGCGCUCAAGGCCGCGCACGUCGGCAUCUCGCUCUCCGAGGCAGACGCCUCCGUUGCAGCACCAUUCACUUCACAAGAGCAGAACAUAAGAUGCGUAAAGCUGCUUGCAUUAGAGGGCCGAUGUGCUUUGAGCACUUCAUUUGCUAUAUUCAAAUACAUGGCUCUCUACUCUCUGAUCCAGUUCUUCUCUAUCCUUAUAUUGUACAAGUUCUACUCGAUCCUGGGCAACAACCAGUUCCUGUACAUCGACCUGGUGCUGACGACGCUGCUGGCGCUGUCGCUGGGCCGCGCGGCGCCGGGCCCGCGCCUCACGCCGCAGUCGCCGCCGGUGUCGCUGGUGGCGGCGGCGAGCCUGGUGCCGCUGGCGCUGCAGGUGGCGCUGGUGCUCGCCAUGCAGGUGCUCGCCAUCUACCUGCUCUACUCGCAGGCCUGGUUUACUCCGGUUGUGGGUGGCCCUGACGUUGAACAAGUGUUAUGUUGGGAGAACACCGUGAUCUUCAUCAUCACGUCGUUCCAGUACUUAAUCAUGGCCUGUGUCUACGCAAAGGGCUGGCCUUUCCGUCAACCAUUCUGUACCAACUACUGCCUCGUGAUCACAUUGGUAACGCAAGCGAUAUUCGUGAUCCUGGUACUGCUGUGCCCUUGGAAGUGGCUUGCCGACUUCAUGGAGGUGCAAGUAAUGCGGCCCGAACAACCCGAACAGAACAUGUUCCGCGUCUACUUACUGCUGUUGCCGGUCAUUCACAUCGUCCUUGCAAUUGCCAUUGAGGCGACGCUGUCGAACCCGACGCGCAUGCUGGAGCUGGCGCGCCUCGCCACGCGCUGCCGCCACAAGAGCGAGUCGGCGCGCGACUCCUCGGACGAGCAGCCGCUGUGCUGACAGCGCUGCGCUGCACUACGUCUGCUGCGGCUCCUCCCUCCUGCCACCAAACCUUAUAACCUUCACGAGAAGCGUCGAUCUGUUGCUAUUUAUUAUCACUCAGUUUUUCGUCCUUGUGUGGAUCGUUACGAAACGCUGUGAUUGCUCUCGGUCAUUCUUCACUGCUGAGUUGUGACCCACGAAGCCCAAUAACAUAUUCGAAAACGUUUUAUAUUCUGUGAUAUAAUUUGAAUCGUACCGCUAGGCCUCGUGUAAUAAAAUAUUUUGAUAGAUUAAUUUAUUUAUAAAAUAAUUUCACUGUCACUAUGUGCUCUUACUAUGUUUUGACAGAGAAAACUUGUCUCAUCUCGCUCUAGCCUAUUAAAACAUACAUAUCGUACAAUUUCACGUUUUCAUUUAUGUACUUAUGAACAUUCUUAGUACUUAUAUUUAUAACUAUUACGAGCAUGGAAUAUUCUGGACACAAUUUUAUUGUACGUCGUAUCUUAUUAAUAAACUUAUGUAUAUUAAGACCUAUACAAAUUGCGAUAUAAGUGUUUAGGGUUCGCUUAAACUGAUAGGUGACGUGAUAACUGGCAAAUUCGUCGUCCAAAAUUGUUCGCUGCGCGAAUAAAAUCGACUUUCUAUAUGCCCAUAUUGCUAGAUUCUUCAAAUAAGUUGCAUUUGAAUAUCGCAUAUCUCUCCGCUAUAAUAUUUUAAUAUUUUGACCUCCACAGCCUGGUCACGUAAAAUGUGCUAUGCUCCACAUACAAUAUACACAUCUACGGGUAAUACGUGCCAGGACAUUGCACGUCAGCCGUUAUGUUGGUAGACAUAUCGAUUAUAUUAUGGGUUUCUUAAUAUGUAUUUAAUAGGUCAAAUAACUUGCAAAAUUUCAAUAUUUGUUUAAAUUUCUCAUACUAUGUAUAUAUGGAGCGCCUCCCGUACUCCGCGUCGUGUCGAGUGUUUUACAAUGGUUUGUGUGUGUAGUUCUUAACUAUUACACUGUAAUAGGUAGUUUAUCAAUUUAUUAUUUAACUAGUUAUUAUAUUCACCACUUAAUGUAUUAGGUACUUAGAUAUUUGUAAGGAAAAUCCUACUUAAACUGUACAUAAAACUGAAUGGAUCAUUUUUUUGUUCAUUUAGUUGUGAUGUUCGUCAGUUGUGAGAGUAUUUAAAACAACAUAAACAACGUAGCAGUACUGUGUAUACAAAUAGAAAGUUUCUGAGCUGUGCUCGUUUCAUUUUGUGAUUUAGUUGCAAAUUAUAUUAUGUUUUAUAUUUAUUAGAAAUCGUUGCGAUAUUUUAUUAUGCUUUUUAAAGUAUUAAAUAUUUCAAUAUAGUAAAUAGGAUCAUGUAGGGACUUUUAUAUACGCGUGUAAGUAAAAUUAAUGCAUUUUAACAUUGAAAAGUCAAGCGACACUAUCAUAGUUAUAAAUCAAAUUGAUGUAUGUAAUGGUAGUGGAAAAUGAGUUUUAAAUUAUGCGUGUAUGUAAUGAUUGAUUAUAAAAAUGUGUUUAGUGCAAUAGAGAUUACCGUGAAGGCUGUGCGCCGCUGUAUGUGUUUCAAUAAAUGUGGCACUAGUAUGAGUUUUCGUUCAUACAAAAUUUUCUCACAUUAUCACAUGUGUAUUAAUCACUAAAGGAAUUAAAACAUAUGUAUAAGGUUAUAAACAUGUACACUUAAUUAAUUGGUGUCUAAAAUAUUAUAAUAUAUAUUAUAUCGUAGUCUAAUACCGUAAAAGUAAAAGUUCAAUAACAUUGCAGAUAAAUUUUGAACUAUUAAAUUAUUAUACAAUAGCCUACAGCAUGAAUGUCUGCCCUAGACGUUUCAGUACAUGUCUGGAAUUUAUUAGAUGUCGUAAAGCAAUGUUUGAUUGUACGGCAUGUAUCAAACUGUACUAAAAAUGUAUUAAAAUACCAAAGUAACUGUUUGGAUUAUGUUUUCGGAUAUGUGAUGUGAUUCCUAGAGGUUGAUUUAUUUAUUUGGUUACCUAGUUAAUGUCAAUAUUGAGCGCCAAUAUACAAAUAUUAAAAGUGCACUAGAUAUCCUCAACCCAAACAUAGUGUAAGAAAAGGCGAUGUAAUGAAGUUGAUUAACUUCUCGUGCUGUAUUCAGUGAUGAUUGAAGUUUUAUUGCGCAAUUUUUAUUUACAUAGAAGAUACCUCUAUAACUGUGGUACCUCAAAUACUAAGCGUGAGUGAUUAGUAGAUUUUAUGCACAUUAAUCCAUUCCUAAUAAUAUAGUACUUAUGUUUGGUGCUGAGUUUUAUUUUAAGUAGUAAUUUUUACCUUCGGCCAACUAUUGCAAAAUUAAGUAUAACAACAUGUUUUUGGAAAAUGUAUUUUCUUGUAAACUUGUUAUUUAUUGAACUGCAUUAUUGUGGUUGUUUUAUAAAAUCUUUAUUAUUAUCUAUGUGUACAUUUCUCGAAUUUUUGGAACUUGUUGACUGUUUUUGUGUCCGAUUCUUCACGAUAAUGUAGUUCGAUAUGAAAUUUUACUAAUCACGACAUUGUGACAUGAAGUAAUAAAAUAAAUAGAAAAUUCAAAAACCACGA